AAAAAGAAGACCGUGUCUCUGCAUUCAAGUCCGUCAUCGCUCGUCCGCGACGGAUCUCCGGCUUCAAUCCCAGUUCAGUCGUCUAAUCCGAUCCUAUCGAAUCGCAUUUUCGUUCUCCAUCGACCUUCGGAUCAAACCACCCGUACUUCUGUGGCUGAAUCUCUUGCUCCCGUCGGAAAAAAUUGGCGGAAAAACCCUAAAUUGGGACCCUCGGGGAUUAGGGCUUCUCUGAUUACCCAUGUCGACGGGCAGACCCAUGGAUGGAGACCUGCAGCUGGUGCCGGCGGUCCCGCCGAGGCCCCUGGCGGGCGUCGGCGGCGGCUCGACCGCGCUCGUGGAGUAUACCGGCCCGCUGCUCCAGGAGGAAGAGGAGGACUUGGAGAUUAAGCUGAGGCGGAUCAUAGAGAAUGUUCCGGUCCGUGUUAGCAACACCUCCGGGAGUUCUGCUGGUUCCGGGUCCGGCGAUUUCCAUCAGUAUCGGCAGAUGAGACGGAAGGAGCAAGACCGGCUAACGAGAAUGGAUGUUGAUUACCAGAAAAGGAAAGAAAUGGCUGAAUUCAUGAUGAGAAGGGAGGAAAGAUUGAAAGCAGCGGAGGAACGUACAGCAAAGAAGCGUUUGAAGCGCCAAAAGAAGAAGCAAAGGAAGAAGGAGAAGAAGAUGAAACCUAGCUCGGGUGGAGGAGAGCAAACGAAGGGGGAGUCCUCUGACAAUGAUGGAAGCGAUUCAGACAACGGCGAGGAAGCGAUGAUGGAAGCGAUUCAGACAUCGGCGAGGAAGCAGCAAGCUGAUCAAGCCCAUAAUUAAUUUUUGUAAUGUUAAGUUUGCUUUGUUUUGGGAAGUUCUCUUCGCCUCUGCCUACACUUGCCAAGAAUUUUCCAAAAUUGUAAGGUUUUAGGGUGUUGAUUCAGUGACAAGAAAGAGAUGCCGAGUUUCCAUCUUGCCACAUGAUAUCAGGCAAACCACAGGAGUGCAGAGGUUGCUUUCACUGGCGGUCAUGGCCAUGGCUUGUGUUAGUUACUAGGCAGGAGUCAGUGGUUGGGCCAUCCAUGGCAGAUGUGAUUGAGACCUUUCAA